AUGCUAAAACAAGCAUUUACUGAGUUAUCUGUCAAGAAGCUACUACCUCUCGUUAAAGAACUAAAAUUGUUUAUAAAAAUGAAAUAGUCGAACUCAACCAGAUGUACUCACUCUUGGAGGUCUUUAUCUAUUAAAGCAUCUUAACCUAGUUUGAAUAAAGUAGUUUGGAGAUAGAGAUAAACUUCCGAGUAGUAAAAAAAUACUCAUCACAUUUAAUCUAAAAUGAAUGUUUCUGAUUCAAUCCAAGAAGCUAAACCUAGCUUAAGCUCAUUAACACCUCAUUUGAAUCUUGCUAAGGAGGAAGUAAAACCAUUAGCCUAGCAUAUGAAUCAAGAACUCAGAAGUUUAUUGAUUAAUAAGUAAUAGAAAAAAAAAACUCUAUAAUCAACCUGGAUAAAGAAGAAAUCAAGAAGUUACUUUAAGAAAAGAAAGAAGAAGUAGAUCAAAUUCUUCUUGAACAUACUUUAAAGAAAAAACAAGAAAAUGAAAUAAUGUUAGACAUGGAAAAAUCUAUUUAAAUUAAAAAAAAAAAUGUAAUAGAUGUAAUUUAAUAAUUAAGUAACGAAUCAAGUGAAUCAAAACUGA